AUGUCUCUGUUAGUGCCUGCCCACACUAGAAACUUUAUAUAAUUGUUUUAGUAUAAGGAGGGUAUGCAGCUUGUAGAGGUAGUUUGCAGUGUAACAUGCAUUUUUAAUUCCUCCACUAAUGUCAGAGAAGAGUAACUGCCUUAACCAGAUUGGAAACGGAGCAUGAAAUUGUCAUUUGAAGCCUUGUUAUGUUUCAGGACACAGCUCCUACUUGUACACAUGAUGUAUUAGGACUUGCAGCAGCUUUUCGGGGGGGGGGUGGGUGGGAACAGAACAUCAAACCAGUUGUGGUUUUAAAAAUGUGCUAUGUCUUCAAAAUAAGUAAAUAAAAAAUGUGGCUCACCAGGCCAUUGGAAUAUAUGUUUAGCUGUGCCUGUAUGCUCAGAUGGAAAGAGGCUAUGUUGGUUUUCACUCUUGAGUGGGAAGUGCUGUUCUGUCCCCUUGGAAUAGGGCUGCACAGGGAUUUCUCAGCAAAAUGUUUGGAGGAUGGGAGGUGGGAUUCAAGGGAGGUGCUUUAAAAAGACUAACCAGAAAUCUAGUUGAGACCAGAUUUUCUAAACAGUCUGGCACGGGCUCAUUGUCAGUCAUAGGGAUUGUUAAACUUCAGGGUGCUUCAGAAAAUCUGGCCGCUAGCAUGAAUGAGGGUUGAACUCCUCUGAAAUAUCACCCUAGUGUGCAUGUGAAUUACUGGGAGUCUGAACUCUUCUUGUUUUAAAUAGUGCCUUACCUGGAGGAAAAACCAUCUCUUACCAAUCACUUUGCAUCCCCCUGCCCAUUACAGCAACUUCUUGUGUGGAAUAUGAACACAAGGAAAGUAAUUAAAGUAUUUUUAGCAUUUUAAAUGAAAUUAGCACUAGGAAAGAUGACUGUAGUCUAUAGGGAGCAGACUGUUCAGGAACCCUUUUAGAAAGAUAUCCCAAAUUAAUAUUUAGCUCAUGUUGUACAAUGUCAUUGUAGUUCAAGUUGUACAGUGGGGAAAUCUUUCCAGCUGAGAGGCAACAGCCACUUGUGCUAGCAGGGAAUGUGAUCUUUGGAUCUUCAGGUUUGCUGCUAUUGUGCUGCUUUUAUCUUUGUAACAAGGUAAUUCCCGAGGCUGAGAGAAAUGGCAGUCCCAGAUUUCUGCUGUUUCAGAUGUCAGGUUUGAAAUGAUCCCCUGCCUUAGUGUUGCCACCUUCAGGGUGUUGCUUAUGCUGGUUUUUUUUUCGAGACAGAGCACGAAGUUCACUAAAUAUAGCAGUUGUGUCAUUUAAAGCACAUGCACGCACUUCAAUUUUACUGUGUCCCACGGCAUUCCUAUUCUUAGCAUAGGAAAUAGUGUAGCUAGGGUAGAGGGCAUCUUCCAUCAGGCUUUUGUGCUGAGGGCAGUCAAGUACAGAGUGUACACGGCGACUGAUUUAACAACUGGACAGAGUCUUGUAACCUGCUUUUUCUUCUGGGUGCUUUGGAGCUGGUCAGUGAUAAGCAUAUGUGUGGAUGUGAGUGAACUGAGUUAUGCUAUAAAGGAGCAAAGGCUGUUAGAGAUAAAUGGGAUUCAUAGCAUGCUUUAGAGCACCUAGUAAGAGAUUGUAGUAAACAGUUUGUGGUAGGAAAUUGCACCACUGAUGAGCUACAACUGGAAAAUCCAAUCCUCUCCCUCCCCCAUCCAGCUCAGCCCUGCCUCAGUGGAAGGGACCACACCUGAUUGUGUGACCGCAGCUGACAGGCAAGGAUAGUGGGGUACGAGAUGAACACCUGUUGCGUGGGGCUUAGAUUAGGAAAGGCUUUAUUGCUAAUACCUAGGGCUUGAAUUAGCACCAGGCUUUGGAAACAAACCGAAUGCAUGUGUUUCCUAUCUGCUCGGAGUGGGAGAAGGAAUCUCGUUUCCUUGCGGAAUCUCUGGUGCUUCAAGGGUUACCUUUUGCUUUUCAGUGCUGUGCUGAGGUAGUAAAUGCUGCUGCUGUAAAUUGCCUUGGCUUAAAACUUGGCAUGGAAGGAUACAUGACUUGCUGAAAAGAGAGAAAAUGCUAUGCUGGGGAUACUCGUCUUUUGGACAACCUGGGAUAGGUAGCAACCUCCAGGUCAUCAUUCCUGAGCCACAAGUAUAUGGAUUCAUUCAUGACAGAAAUGUCAAGGAGGUGGCAUGUGGAGGAAACCACUCUGUGUUCCUGUUGGAAGAUGGGGAAGUGUAUACCUGUGGCUUGAACACCAAAGGCCAACUGGGGCAUGACUGUGAAGGAAGCAAGCCAGAGCAAAUCGGAGCCCUGGCCGGGCAGCACAUCGUGCACGUGGCCUGCGGAGAGUCUCACAGCGUGGCGCUCAGCGACCAGGGCCAGCUCUUCUCCUGGGGUGCCGGCAGCGAUGGGCAGUUGGGCCUCACCACUAUAGAAGACGCAGUGACAGUACCAAGGUUGAUAAAGAAAUUGAACCAACAGACAAUACUGCAGGUUUCCUGUGGAAAUUGGCAUUGCCUGGCUUUGGCAGCAGAUGGCCAGUUCUUCACAUGGGGGCAGAACAGUUAUGGUCAGCUGGGCUUGGGCAAAGAAUGUCCCUCCCAAGCCAGUCCACAACGUGUCAAGUCUCUUGAUGGGAUCCCUUUGGCUCAGGUUGCUGCAGGUGGAGCCCACAGCUUUGCCCUCUCUCUCUCAGGAGCUGUGUUUGGCUGGGGAAAGAACAGCUCAGGACAGCUGGGACUAAGUGAUGAACGAGACCGAGAAUCCCCUUGUCAUGUGAAGCUGUUGCGGUCUCAGAAGGUUGUUUACAUCAGCUGUGGAGAGGAACACACAGCAGUUCUGACAAAGAGUGGAGGGGUGUUCACGUUCGGUGCAGGUUCCUGUGGGCAACUGGGACAUGACUCCAUGAAUGAUGAAGUGAACCCCCGAAGAGUUCUUGAGCUAAUGGGCAGUGAAGUAUCCCAGAUUGCUUGUGGCAGACAUCACACUUUAGCCUUUGUGCCUUCUUCAGGAAUGAUCUAUGCAUUUGGCUGUGGAACAAGAGGCCAGCUGGGAACGGGGCACACUUGCAAUGUUAAGUGUCCCUCUCCCGUCAAGGGUCACUGGGCAGCUCACAAUGGGCAACUCUCAGGGAAACCUGAUGCCUGUAAAUAUCAUAUUGUUAAACAUAUCUUCUCUGGAGGAGACCAAACAUUUGUGCUUUGCUCCAAAUAUGAGAAUUCCUUGCCUGCUGAUGAUUUCCGGACCAUAAAUGAAACACGUUACACCUGUUUAAUAAAUGAUGAAACUAUAGAUGUCUGGAGGCAAAAGCUUUUAGAAAAGAACAGUUCUAAUUCUGUCAAUAAUGUUGUUCAGAUACUGUCCUCAGCUGCUUGCUGGAAUGGAAGCUUCCUGGAGAAGAAAAUCGAUGAACAUUUUAAAACGAGUCCAAAGAUCCCAGGGAUUGAUCUGAACUCCACCAGAGUGCUGUUUGAGAAGCUGAUGAACUCUCAGCACUCCAUUCUCCUAGAGCAGAUACUGAAGAGCUUUGAAAGUUUUUUGAUUCCUCAGCUGUCCAGCUCACCUCCAGAUGUUGAGGCAAUGAGGAUCUAUCUGAUUCUCCCUGAAUUCCCACCCUUCCAAGACUCCAAGUAUUAUAUCACGUUAACGCUUCCUCUAGCAAUGGCUAUUCUGCGCCUAGAUACCAAUCCCAGCAAAGUUCUUGAUAACUGGUGGUCUCAAGUGUGCCCAAGAUAUUUCCUCAGGCUAGUGGACCUCUAUAAAGGCGCAGUGGUUUACCUCCUCAGUGGAAGAAAGACACUGUUGAUCCCAGUCCUGUUCAGUAGCUACAUUACAGCUGCUCUCAGACUUCUGGAGAAACUCCACAAGGUAAAUCAGAAGGUUAAACACGUAGAAUAUGAUAAGUUUUAUAUCCCUGAGAUUUCCAGCUUGGUGGACAUUCAGGAGGAUUAUCUCAUGUGGUUCUUACAUCAGGCUGGAAUGAAAGUAAGACCAUCUAUCAUGCAGGAUGCUGUGACACUCUGUUCUUAUCCUUUCAUCUUUGAUGCUCAGGCUAAGACCAAGAUGUUACAGACAGAUGCAGAACUACAGAUGCAGGUUGCAAUAAAUGGUGCAAAUUUGCAGAAUGUCUUCAUGCUUCUCACCCUGGAGCCUCUGCUGGCCAGAAGCCCUUUCCUGGUACUUCAUGUUCGCAGGAGUAACUUAGUUGGUGAUGCUUUAAGGGAGUUGAGCAUCCAUUCAGACAUUGAUUUGAAAAAGCCUCUUAAAGUCAUCUUUGAUGGUGAGGAAGCUGUUGACGCUGGAGGAGUGACAAAGGAAUUUUUCCUCCUGUUGUUAAAAGAACUCCUCAACCCCAUCUAUGGCAUGUUCACUUACUACCCAGAGUCAAACCUGCUGUGGUUUUCAGACACGUGUUUUGUAGAACACAACUGGUUUCACUUGAUUGGCAUCAUAUGCGGUCUUGCAAUAUACAACUUCACAGUAGUAGACCUUCACUUUCCCUUGGCUCUGUACAAAAAACUCUUGAACGUGAAACCCUGCCUAGAGGAUUUGAAGGAGCUAUCCCCUACGGAAGGAAGGAGUCUUCAGCAACUUUUGGAUUACCCUGGCGAAGAUGUAGAAGAGACAUUCUGCUUGAAUUUUACAAUCUGCAGGGAAAGCUAUGGUGUGACAGAGCAGAAGAACCUGAUUGAAGAUGGAGAUAAAAUUCUGGUGCAGAAGGACAAUAGGGAAGAAUUUGUUGAAGCCUACGUAAAUUACAUCUUCAACCUCUCCAUCCAUGAGUGGUACACGGCCUUUUCCACUGGCUUCCUGAAAGUGUGUGGUGGGAAAGUCCUGGAGCUCUUCCAGCCCACAGAACUCAGGGCCAUGAUAGUUGGAAACAGUAACUACAACUGGGAGGAAUUGGAGGAGAGCGCUGUCUAUAAGGGAGACUACACGGCGACACACCCAACUGUGAGAAUGUUUUGGGAAACCUUUCAUGCAUUUCCCUUGGAAAAGAAGAAGAAAUUUCUCUUGUUUCUGACGGGCAGUGACCGCAUUCCCAUCUACGGCAUGUCCAGCCUGCGCAUCGUCAUCCAGUCCACCGCCAGUGGGGAGCAGUACCUGCCCGUGGCGCAUACCUGCUACAAUCUCCUGGACCUGCCCAAGUACAGCAGCAAGGAGAUCCUCAGUGCCCGGCUGGUGCAGGCCAUCGAUCACUACGAGGGCUUUAGCUUAGCUUAACCAGUGUGGGAGAGGCACAGACGCUUGGGUACGGAGGAGGAAAACGAUGGGCUUGGCUUUAUUUUUGUAAGGGAACGGAUCAGAACAUUUUGGGGGGAAAUAUAAUUAAUAAUAAUAAUAGAUUGAGAUGAUGCAGUCUCAGCCUGAUGCUGCCAGGAUUUUGAGGGGCUUCAGCAGGGAGGCUAUUGCUUUGAAUUCUCUCAUCUGCUGAGCAAGAUCAGUUCGGUAGGCAUUUUUGUUGUUUCCUCUCCAACUUGACAUCACUGCCCUCCCGGCAAUUCCUUGUAGUUUGCUUUUAUUGCCCCUACACACACACACACACACACACACACACACACACUUACCUCUUCUUUUAAUCCAGUUUAAAUAUUUUGAUGUUCCUUGCAUUUAGGCUAUGGUGGAAAUCGAGGAUGAAAUAGUGAUCUCCUUUUUGAAAAGCUGUGAUUUCUCCCCACCCUUUUUUCCCCCUCCCUUUUUAAAUGCAAGCUGGUUCUUGCUUGCUUUGAAUGGAAAUACCCCCUUUGCCCUUUGGUCCUUGGCGGAUGGUACUGGGCUGGGACGUCAUUUGUGACCCCCCAGGGCGGUGUAUUAGUGGUGCUCUGUCUUUUUGCACCAGGAUGUCUCAUGGAGAAUAUGAUGGUUUGGGCGGGUUGGCUUGUUUUUCUUUUCCUCACUUGUCUUGAAUUUUGUUUCCAAGCAAUGUCUUCUUAAAGAAGCCUCAGACUCCUCUGGAGUGGGGUUUGUGUUCAGGCUUGUGGAAGGACAAACCCUAACUAUAACAACGGGUUUCUCAAAUUGCCUCUCUCUUGUGUUGUGUUUCUAGCUAACUUGGCAAGUCUGCAAGUUAGACGGGUGGGCUUUGCCAAGCCCUGUUUUUCCAUCCGAACAGACCUGUUAUUCCAAUACAAGGUGAGGUGGCUGCUUUUACCGAUGCCGCCUUUCUCCAGAGGAGUCCCGCGUGUGUGAAUGUAUGCAUGCACGCCUGGGAGCGUGCAGGGGUGUGAGUGUAUGAGGUGUGUACAAGCUCUCCAGUCUCAUCAGGUCAGAGAAAAGAAAUAAGCAUGAGAUCCUUAUUUGAGUGAUAACCCUCAAAGAUUGGAGAUUGGUUUUAUUUUUGCAGUUAGGGUUACUUUAUUUUGCAGUUUGAGAGGAGCCCUUUCACUUGACAGCUGUUUUGCUGGGGGGCCCUAAAGGCUAAUCGGUAUGAAUUAGACUGGAAAUGCAUAUUAGGACUUGAGUAGGCAAAAUCAUUACCUAAAUCUAUCCUGUAAGAUUGGAGAGCCUUUAUCCUCUUCCCCCCAGUCUCACCCCCCCCCCACCAUUAAAUGAAGUUUGACUGAUCCCUCCCCCCCCCCCCCCCCCAUUUUUCAGGUCUUGAUGUAAAUCUCAUUUUAAGCCUAGGGUGGUUUUGACAUUGACUUGUUAUUAGGACACAGUAUUUAUGCACCAUGUUCAAUAUACAGUAUUGAACUUUGCACCUCGUAACAAAAAGUUUUAGGCUUCUGGGUUUUUUUUAAGACAAGCUGUGGGCUACACUGAGAGCCCUCCAGCCUCUUUCUAAUGCAGCAUUGAAGACGAAUAUACAAUUAUAUCAAAUGUUUAUUUUCGAUGUGUGUGUACAUAGUACAGUAUUAUGCAAUAAAUUUGAUGUUUAAUUCUGA